UUACACUCGCACCCCAUCAUGUACUGUUUCUGAAGCUCGUAUAUAAACAACGCAGAAUGACCGAAACAGCAGAUUAGGUAGUCAUUUCUGUUUAUUCUUUACCAAGCUCUUGAAUUUCGGAUGCUAGUAUAAAAAGCGCUAGCUACACCUCUGUCCCAACAGAGAAGCCCCAGAAGACUACGGAGCAGAUCUGGCAGCGGCAGUCGAUCUCGCGACUCCAGUCCAGUCUUUGGUCCCAUGCCCAAGGCCCCCAAAAAUGAAGAAGAGCAUAAACUUCCUCGAAUAUCCGUGAUAGAAAGAGAAAUGCCAAAAGGUUUCGUACGGAAAACUCCCGCCAGAGGUACAGCAAUCAGCGAGGUGGCGGCAGGAAUGAUGCUCAACGCCAGAAACAAAACGCCUUCAUCUCGAGGCGGCUACAAGAGAGGGAGAGAAUUGGUGAACUUGGAUCACCUGAGGUCUGGGGCUAUUCACCAAGAGUAAUGGCGCUAGAUUCUGAUGACCAUUCACCAGUUGAAGAGGAUGUGAAAAACAGAUGCUCAGAUUCAAGCUCAUCAGGUCAAAGAAGUCCAAGAAGAAGAAGACUAUGAAGAACCGCAAGCAGUCAGCGAGCGGGGAUCUGUGGGUGGAGAGGACCUGCAUCGACGAACACAUGGUGGGCCCAGAGGCCCCACUCACCCACCUGUCCCAGGGCGACAAGCCUCUCGAUUUUGGUCAUGCCCUGCUGCCAGGUGAGGGUGCCGCUAUGGCAGACUAUGUGAAAGCAGGCAAGCGUAUUCCAAGAAGAGGUGAAAUCAGGUUGACUAGUGACGAAAUCGCAACCUUUGAGAUGUCUGGCUUCGUGAUGAGCAGUAGCAGACAUCGUCGUAUGGAGGCUGUGUGUCUGAGAAAGGAUCUACAGUGUGGAUGAUCUACAGUGUGGAUGAAAAGAGAGCCUUGGCAUCCUUCAACCAGGAGGAAAGAGGGAGAGCAAAAUCCUCUCCAGCUUCAGAGAAAUGGUGUACAGGAAAACUAAAGGCAAAGAGGACAAAUUAGCCUUUUCGUUCCUCCCCUUUCGGGAACUUUCAGCUUCGGAUAACUUUUUCUCCCAACAUUAUCUUUCGUUGUGUUUAUUUUCUCAUCGUUUCAUGAUUUGAGAAUGUUAUUUUUUUCCUCUUUGUAUUGGGAAUUAGGCUUAUAUUACUUAUAUUUUAAAGCAUCUCUGACACAGUGGACUAUUUUGUUUAUUUAGAAAG